AAGGUGGUUUCUAACUUAUGCUGACAUCACUUCCUUGUGUGAAGAGAAACCUCAGUAGAAAGAAUUGGGAGGAUUUUGACUCUUUUGGCCUUCCAUAAGCCCGAUACUACACUGACAAGCCGAGGCGUGUGCAGACGGAGCUGGCUUAGCCGAACAGCCAGGCCAUGUCUUUAAAGAUGGAGCUGGAUGUCAGUGGAGUUUCCCGGGCCCCUGUGUCCGUUUUACCCGCUGCUGAGGUCAAAGCCACGCUAAAGCCUGAGGUAGAGAAACCGCGCUGCUCCAGCACGCCCUGCUCACCCAUCAAAAGUACUGUCUCAGGAUACCAGAUCCUCCACAUGAACUCUAACUACCUGGUGGGCUUCACCACUGGUGAGGAGCUUCUCAAACUGGCCCACAAGUGGUCCGGGCCAGAGAAGAGUGGCACAGAGCCUUUGCCUGGUGCCAUCCAGAAGCCCAUGGAUUUAGGGAUGCACCGUGCUUCACGUGUUUACAAAACCAAAAGCCGUUACUACCAACCUUACGACAUCCCUUCCAUUAACGGGCGACGCAGAAGACGAAUGCCCAGCUCAGGCGAUGCCUGCUUCCGAUCUUCAGCAGCAGGGGAGAGCAGUAAGGCCCUGCAUGGCCCGUUGCCCCUCUGCUUGCUCAAGGCCAAGCGUGCGCACUCUAAAUCUCUGGACUACCUCAACUUGGACAAGAUGAGUCUCAGCGAGCCGGCCGACACCGACGUGCUGCAGUACCAGCUCCAGCACCUGACACUGCGCGCCGAGCGCAUCUUCACCAGGAACAAAACAUGAACGGAUGAAAAUGGGCCAGUCGCACCCACAGCCAGGCCUCACACACCCCAAGAACUGGCUGCUGUCUUUGGGCCUUGCGUUUCUCCAGUCAGAUCAUAGGCAGAUCCUGUAGUAAAGGCAACUGUAGGCCACUAAUCUCAUUAUUUUAAGAACUGUUUGUUAACCAGAAGGUUCAGCGAGGUUCAGCUAACAAACUUUAACCUGUGAACAAAGUGAAGUUGUUUUAAUAAUGUGUGUGUAUGUGUGUGUGUGUGUGAGUAAGACAGAGAGAAGUGUUGGGAUAAGUUUGUUCUGGAUUAGCAAUAAACUAUAUGCUUAACAGUUGCUACUACUGUUUGUGUGUGUGUGUGUGUGUGUGUGUGUGUGUGUGUGUGUGUGUGUGUGUGUGUGUGUGUGUGUGUGUGUGUGUACACCUGUGCUGAGGUGAAAAUGCCUCUUUUGCAGAAAAUGUACCUAUAACCUGCACUAGAUCAUACUGUUAGCCAUUUGGAUUUCAUUUUUUUCUGGUUUAGCAUAGGUCACUGUGGUGUUCUCCUGACGUUAACCUUUUAGCAUUAGCAUCUUCACACUCGUAUAUGUGUCAGUAGGUGAUCUUGGCACUCAUUUACCUGCCAUUUAGGUGAAACUCGAUGUUAAAAAUUAAAUAAAUAAAACACAGACUGUUAAACAAGUUAUUUAAGACGGUCAGAUAAAGCUUGCAUUCACUCGCGCUGAGAUUAGUGCCUCACAUACACACUAUUAAUCCCCUUUAGUUUCUCCAGCUGUCAUUUUAUCUCUAUCUUUACACCGAGUAAUCCUGCACGGUUAUUUACUCCAUACAUGAAGGAUAUUUGUGAACAGUGGUAAUAUUUAUUUUGACUGGUUCACAUGGAUUCAUUAUAUUUUUCUUAUGCUGGUGCACAGCAUUGCUACUAAAACAAACCAAAGGAUGAACUUUGGCUGUCCUGGGAAAAACUUGAUUGAGAAUGCAAUUUUUUUGUGUGUGUGCAACAACACCUGACAAUCAUAUUUCUACCCAACAAUCCAGACAGUUCAAACCCCUUACUCUUAGUUUUGGUGCACAUCAGACAUUGUAUUUCUUAUGUCACACUCGUCUCGUGUCUCAUCCUCUUAAAAUAUUUCCUGACUUGAUUACUGUUAGUCACAUUAUAAACACUACCACAGUUAAUAGUGUGAAUCUGAUGCACUGGUUUGAGGCAUAUAAUGUAUUUUUUUAGGACCAUCUGGGUCUAUGGUUUGAUCAAACAAUAAUGUAUACUGUAUGUUUAAAAAAAAAAAAAAAAAAGAAUCCCCCAAAACUACACUGAUAAUAUUUGAGUGGCUUACGCUAUGACUGUUUUUAUUUUAUUUAUUUAUUAUUAUUUUUUUAAUUGUCAUACUAAUUUGAUUCACUUUUCCUUGAAGCGGUGUAUGGUGUAAUAGUGUAAAUCUACAAUCAUGUAGGGGCAGGAGAGAGGGGUGUUUAGUGGACGAUUUGUCCCAUCGUGCCCCACCCUUUAUUUCUUCCCAUUUCUUCCAAAUAACUUUGACUCCUACUGAGUGUUCUCUUUCUAGAUUUUUUCCUUCACUUCCUCGAUGAGUUCCAUGCUUCGGACUGAAACCGUGCACUUGUUCUCCUUUUCCCCUCAAUUUUUGUCUACUUUUGUGUAUUAAUAAUAUGUUGUAUAAAUAUUCUCAGCACCUUAGAUUCACAAAUAUUGGUGAUGUAUUGGUCAUGUUUUCUUCUGUCUUCUUCUGAUGAACUGCAUAACAUCUUGUUUACAUAUUGCUUUAUAAUAAGACUGUAACGCUGUUAUCAGUUUGUGCUUCUUCUUUUUUCUUUCUUCACCCUCCCCUCCUUUUAAUCUAUUUAUUUUUAUUUUUUUUAAAGAUUAAGGGUUUGGAUCAGAGUGUGACAUGAAUGUAACGGAUAUCGUGUGCUGUUGUGUUAUGUAUCUCAUGUAUAUGGAAGCUAGAAAUGGUUUCUGUGACUCAGGACUGAGUCUUUAUUUAUCAGUACACUGGGACAACAAACUACUCCUAAUUGUUAGCUCAUGUAAAACUUUAUAUAUAAAGAAACCCUGAGAGAAAAGGAGUACUUUAAUAUGUGACUAUUACUAUUAACAUAUUAAUAGUGUAGGCUUCAUAUUGUUUUUUUUUUCUUUUCUUCUUUUCUUUUUCUUUUUCUUUUACUAAGGCUCUAUCGCCUCAAUGCAACGUUCCUGGACUCUGAAGGUACCGUCACCUUGUUUGUGAUCGAACGCAUUUUUCCCAUUCUUGCAACACCAUCCCUUCUUAGCCUGCUGGACUGUUUUGCUCCGUGUGCGUGAAUGCGAUGUGUCAGGACACAGUGACGCUAAUGAACUAAACUCAGCCUCACAGAUUCACUGCUUCUCUGUGAGGUGUACAGACACAAAGAGCCAUGCUAGGUCCCAGUGCCUUGAGCUCUAGUGAACAUACGACACGCUUUUAUUCGUGUCGGCCUUUUCUGCCGAGUAACACUUCUCUAGCUAGUAUGUUUACAUGGUUAGGGUGAACUAUGUUAAUCUGUAAUCCUGUAGGCUGACUGCGUUUCCGUUUCCUUGUCCUGCUGAGUGUUUGUGUGACCUGCAAUGCUUUCAUCUGUAUUAAGUUUAACCUUACACUUACCAUGAUUAAAACACUACGCUGCA